AUGGACGCCAAAGGUGCUACUACUGCCAGAGGUGAGACUGCUAUCAGUCGAUUCUGUGCCAAGAACCCUAAUACUGAGCUUCACACAGUCAAAGCUACCACUACUGCUCCCACUCCCACUCCCAACAACAGCCAAAUUGUCGCCUGCAACCCCACUCCUGCUCCUCCUGAGGAGUGUAUUGUCCUCCUUUACACUGCUUCUCCCCCUCUUGAGCUAUGUGCUGGUCCACCAUGUGGUCAACCUUAUUGUCCUGCUCCCAUCCAUGCGGUCGCCCCUAUGUCUAUCCUCCUGCUCCAUGCGGUCAUCCUUUUGACAUGUGUGAAACCGUCUCCCCGUGUGGUAACCAUAUGUGUGGUUCCCUUCCUCGCAUGUGAUCACCUCCUGCCUGUCCCUUCCUCUUUCAACAAUGGAGAACUCCUCCUCUGA